AUGCGAGGCCAUACCAACGAAGUGUUUUCUGUUUCCUUCUCUCCGGAUGGCUCGCAAAUCGCCUCGGGAUCCGGGGACAAAAUCAUCCGAAUCUGGAACGCGCACACUGGAAAGGAAAUCCGCGAGCCUUUACGGGGACACACGUCCGACGUCAGCUCGACCGUGCGACUGUGGGACGUGGAGACGGGGCAGCAGGUCGGACAGCCGCUUGAAGGGCAUACACAUUGGGUUUCCUGUGUCGCAUUCUCACCCGACGGCGACCGCAUCGUCUCGGGCUCAUACGACUACACGCUCCGACUCUGGGACGCGCACACGGGACAGGCCAUCGGCGAGCCUUUACGGGGUCACUCUGGCGAAGUUAACAGCGUCGCAGUUUCGCCGGAUGGGAAGAACGUCGCCUCUGGAUCCGACGACAGCACGAUUCGACUCUGGGACGCCAAGACAGGCCAGCCAGUCGGGGACCCGCUGCGAGGCCACGACCGCUGGGUUUUGUCAGUCGCAUAUUCCCCCGAUGGCGCGCGCAUCGUCUCGGGCUCCGUAGACAAUACGAUCCGGAUCUGGGACGCUCAGACAAGACAGACGGUGCUGGGGCCAUUGCAAGGGCAAGGGCACAAAUACGUGGUCACCUCCGUGGCAUUCUCGCCGGAUGGCCAGUACAUCGUCUCCGGUUCAGACGACCGCACGAUCCGGAUAUGGGACGCGCAGACGGGACAGACCGUGGCAGGGCCUUGGCAAGCUCACGGUCGCAGUUUUGGAGUGAGCUCCGUUGCGUUCUCGCCCGAUGGCAAGCACCUCGUCUCGGGGAGUUCGGACGGUCUGGUGAAAAUAUGGGAUGGAGAGGUCGAUUAG